AUGUCUGCAAAUGAACUUGCCAUCUCUUUCGUAGGGCCCGGGGAAGUUACUGCCGCAGGAGUAGCGCUUCCGGUUGUAGGGAUCACCGUUGUUGCGUUGCGUUUCUGGCUUCGCGGCUACCAAAAAGUGAAGCUUGGUCUAGAUGACUACACAAUUCUUGCAGCUUUGCUCUUCGUUAUUGGAAUGGGGAUAUGUCUAGUAUACGGAGUUGCAAAGCGUAGUCUUGGAUAUCCUACACCACAGCUUCCCAAUGCUACUCCAGAGACACAGCUAACAGAGAUUGUUCCUGCCCAAACACUCGUGGAAUUGCUUGACUGGAUAAUAUGGUUACUCAUGAUCCCCGCAAAUGGUCUGAUCAAGCUGAGUGCGAUAUUCUUGUACCGCCGUCUAUUUGUUGUCAACAAAGGGACAACAUUCGAUAUUAUCACUAAGGCGUUCAUUGUAAUCUGUUCACUAUGGACUAUUGCUUUCUGGUUUGCGACGAUAUUCGGCUGCGGAACUCACUUCACAAACCCUUGGAAGCCGCUGAUAUUCAUCAUGGAAUGCAAUACUAAUAUGAGAUUGGACGGUCUCAUGAUAUCAGAUCUUAUAACAGAUAUAAUGGUCUGGCUUUUGCCAAUGCCAGUAGUAUGGAGGCUGAAUAUGCGAUGGUCUCAAAAACUUUACAUCACAGGAGUAUUUUUCCUUGCAGCUGGAUCUCUGGUUGCGGCCAUUGUAAGAUUGAUGGUCCAAUUAGAAAUAUCUAAUGGGGGUUAUGCUGCCCAUACGGAUGUUGAUUUAACACUCACAAUUCUAUUAUAUUACAGUGGUCUUGAAAGUGGCCUUGCGCUAAUAGCAGCAUGCCUUCCUACUCUUCAUUAUUUUAUAGCUCGGCCACCAGUUCAAAAUCUUCUAUCUAGCGUGGGAAGCCUACUAGGUCUUGAUUCCCUUCGAUCACGUUUCACUUCGAGCUCUCGAAGCAACGAAAACACUGCACCAGAUACAGAGAUUUUGGUGACAAAGAAAGUUUCGCAAUCUUCACACUCAGGUGGCAGUUUUGUUGCUUCUGAGCGCGAUAUUCAUGUUUACAAGUUAUCACAUAUCGAAGAUGGAAUCGAACUACCCUUGGUUCCAACACCACCGGGACGGAUGCAUACUCGAAUUUCGGGCAAAACAUAG